AUUACUGCUGCAUCCUUGACUAAACUCAUUGAUACAUAAUGCGUAUCCUGAUUAAGGGUGGUGUCUGGAAAAACACUGAGGAUGAAAUCCUCAAGGCUGCUGUCAUGAAAUAUGGCAAAAACCAAUGGGCUCGAAUUUCAUCCCUUUUGACUCGCAAAACACCAAAACAGUGCAAGGCCCGAUGGUUCGAUUGGCUAGAUCCGUCCAUCAAAAAAACGGAAUGGUCCAAAGAAGAAGAUGAAAAACUGCUUCAUCUUGCCAAGCUUAUGCCCACACAAUGGAGAACUAUUGCUCCGAUUGUUGGUCGAACUCCAGCUCAGUGUUUGGAGAGAUAUCAUAAGCUUCUUGAUGAAGCCGAGGCUGGAGAUGAGGAGGGUGGUCCAAACAGUGAUGAUGUGCGAAAGCUUCGUCCUGGAGAAAUUGAUCCUGAGCCUGAAACCAAGCCUGCACGACCAGAUCCAGUGGAUAUGGACGAAGAUGAAAAGGAAAUGCUUUCAGAAGCUCGUGCACGUCUUGCCAACACUCAGGGAAAAAAGGCAAAACGCAAAGCUCGUGAGAAGCAGCUAGAAGAAGCUCGCCGCUUAACGGCAUUACAGAAGCGUAGAGAGCUCAAAGCGGCUGGAAUCGAAACCAAAGUAUUUAAAAAACUCAAUGGCAUGAACUACAAUGCCGAUAUUCCCUUUUAUAAGCCUCAACCUGCUGGAUUUUGGGACAUCAAUGAUGAAAUUGCACGGGAAAAGGUUGAAAAAACCAAUCUUACCAACGAGCUGUUGUCCAAACUCGAAGGCAAACGUCGUAUGGAGAUUGAAGAGGUAGAACGCAAAAAGGAUUUUAAGCGUCAAAAAACCAAGAAAGAGCAAGGCGAAUAUGUUCCUCCUCAAGCUUUACGAGCCUUGAAGGCUUUGGAAAUGACUCCUCGUGGCAAGCUAUUUCUUCCUGCGCCUCAAGUAUCCGAGAUUGAACUUGAAGAAAUUGUUAAAAUGGGUGUUGCUGGAGAGAAUGUGCGUGCCAUUGUACAAUCUGGCGAAGAUGGCAGCUCAUCGCUAUUGAGCGAUUAUUCUACCUUCCGUGCUCCAACUCCAUUACGUACUCCACGAGCAGCUGCUGGAAGCCAAGACUCACUCAUGCUUCAGGCUCGUAAUUUGCGCGCAAUGACAGAGUCACAGACCCCGCUUCUUGGAGGAACAGUAGAUUUAGAGGGCAAUGUUGAUUUUUCUGGUGCUACACCCAAGCGUAGUAUUUUAGCCACGCCCAAUCCACUUGCUGCUAACCUCACUCCCCGCCAUAAUCAGGAAGGUGGUGCGGCUGGUCAAUCCGAUGCCUAUAGUGUUGGUGGUACACCUCGUUCCAAUGCUACUGUGGGUGGUCUUUUUGGACACACACCGCUUCGCGAUCAAAUGGGAAUCAAUACCCCGCGAUCAGAAUUCAGUGGAAUGGGUGGUGGUGAAACUCCCCAAGCUUUUCGCCAGCAACAGGAAAUGCUUCGUAAGCAGCUUUCUGAGCAUUUUGCAAGUCUUCCCAAACCCAAAAACGAUUUUGAAAUUGUAGUAUCUGAUUCUGAUUCCGACGAUGUAGACUUUAAUACAGCGGAUGCUAGUGGUAUGGAUAUGGAGGAAGAUACCGAGGAUGUGCUAAACCGCGCAAUGGAGCAACGCAAGCAAGAUGCAGACAUAAAGCGACAACUACGUUCUAUGGUUGUACAGCGUGAUCUUCCUCGACCUGUUGUGUCACUGAGGCUUCUUGAGCAGCUUUACUCUGAAAAUGAUGGGAUUGUAGAACCUGAUUCAUGUGAUGAUUUGAUUCGACAAGAAAAAGCACUACUGCUUCAGCGUGAUAUCACCUUGUAUCCAUCUCAAAAUCAGCCACCUCUGCAAAAAUCAGGCGUAUUACCCAAGUUUGAAAAGAUUUCCUUGGAUCUGCUGACCAAAGCCAAUAAACUUGUUCAGGAAGAAAUUGAGAUGAUACGACAGAGUUUAGAAUCCAAGCAUGUAUCAGACUCUCAUCCCGACACUGCAACGGGCUAUCCAAAUCCAGACGAGUUUGCAGCCAUACACGACUCUUUGAGUUCUCUUUCUGUCUAUGAUCCUAGCAAGUCUACCUAUGUUAACAGUAGCAGUCUUUCAUCAUCAGAUCACCGAACCCUAUUGAAAGCCCAGCUAGAUGCCUACCGCGAAACCAUGAAACAGCAUGCAAUCAAGGCUCAAAAAUUGGAGAAACGACUUGGUGUUACUCUUGGUGGGUACAUGUCACGCUCCAAAGUACUCCAAAAGGAUCUAUCCAAUGUAUUUACUAGUCUGGAAUCUUCCUUGCUGUCGUUACAGGGAUUCCGUGCUGUACAGGCUUUAGAAGGACAAGCGUUUGAUGCUCGAGUGUAUCGUAGUAGGAAAGAAUUGGAAAAGUUGGCAAUGAUGGAGCAAGACCUACAAGAUGCAUAUCGUUUUAAAACCCAGCAUCGAGAUGAGCUUCUUUCCACGAUGCAGUCUGCUUAGCUACACACUUUUUAAAAACUGGCCGAGUGGAUUGUUGGCAACGCAAUAAACUAUUUUGAUAUGAAGACU